UCCGGAUUUCGCCAUCCGCGGUUAGGAACCCUACAUCGGAUCGGAGUUGUUGUAGUCGGAGAGCGAGAGGAUGGAGGGAGGCGGCGCAACUUCGGGCCGGAUUGCGAUCAUGAACGGCCGGAGCACCCCCUCAGCGGGGCGCUGCGACGGCCCCGGGCUCGUGGAGAAGAAGAUGGAGCGCAAGCGCAUGCUAGAUAUCAGGGACAGGGAGUGUGUUGAGAGUCAAAUCGAAACGAUGGAGAUGAAAGAGGAGGAGGAUGGUAUAAAGAGGAUGCCGCCGUCAGCCGUUGUCAAGUACCAUGAUCUCUUGGAAAAAACAUGGGGAUGGGACAGGCUGCUACCAUGGGAGGGCAUGUCGUGGUCUGACUAUAGCAAGUAUCUUGAAGAGUAUUACCGUCGCAAUGCUGAAGAGUAUUACCAUCGCAAUGGUGGUCAGCUCGUUCCUGGUGCUGCAGCUGCUACGGGUAGCAGAAUAGCCGCUCUUGCUGAUAUUUGUCUCAAGAAGGAGGAGCAACUCGCGUCUGAGUGGAAAAUCCGGAUGAAAUCUAAAGUGGAUAUGAUGUUACCGAGCAAAACGAUCAUUCUGAGUUGCCUGAUCCAUGAGCGUGCACAUUCAGUCACCUUCAAAGCUGGGGGCAAUUUUUCUGAUGUUUUCUCUGCCGCUUUGUUGUGUAUUUCCAAGGAGGCUGACCUGACGCGUGAGUUGCUGAGGCGUGGUGCUAGUCCCAGUGAUGACUACUUAAUCUACCAGAGCAGCGAGAUACGCAUGUGUUCGUUGAGCCUUAUGAACUGCACUUCAUGCCUUUCUGUCGCUGCCUCCGCUGCCAUGUUGGGUGCCGCAAAGGAGGCUGAAAGAAUGCUUCAGUGGAUGAGUGAAAAUAACAUGCUUCUUGACAUCGAGGACGAUGACAUACCUUUGGACCUUAACCACACGCGCCUAAUACGGAUCCGAACCUUGUAUGCUAUGAUUGACAUAAUGUUAAAGUCUUCUUUUGCUGCUUCUGGGAACAAGAUUGAUAAGGAAGAAUCUGCUAGUAUUAAUGGCCAUGGCGGUGAUGGGAAUGGCAUUGCUGCUGCUGAAGCAGCAAAUAUCACAGGGGGUGGCAUUCCAGACGUAUUAAAUCCUCAAGUUCAGAAAAAGAUGAAAGAUUCUAAAAAGAAAAAAGAAGAUUUUGCGGAGAAACUAUGGGGGUGGGAAAGGCUGGUUCCAUUCUCCGGUUCCACUGAGUGGUCUGACUAUUGCAACUACCUUGAGGAGUAUUACCGCCGCAAUGCUUUGAAGUUUGUUGCAGAAGCUGCUCCCAGCCAGAAUCCUGAUUGGCUUUUGGAUCCUGCUGCCAGCCAGAAUCCUGAUUGGCUGUUGGGUCCUGCUGCCCGAUAUGUUAUUGCUGAUGUUGUCAAAUCUUGUCUCGAGAUGGAGGAGGAACUUAUGUCCGAGUGGAAGACUCAUGUGAAACAUUGGCCGGACAAGCUCUUACCAGUCAACAAUUUCAUUCAAAGUAGCAUUAUCAAGGACUGUGCACUCUCACUCUGCAGUACAGGGGACAAAUUUUCUGUUCCUUCCAUCAUUGCUUUUGUGUGUAUCACAAAGGAGGCUGACCUGAUGCGUGAGCUGCUGAAGCGUGGCGCUAAGCCUACUGAUGACAUGAUCCAGCAGAGCAGUGUGAUUCGUAUGUGCGCCUUAGGCCUUGUGAACCUCAAAACUGCUUCUGCUGCUGCAAUGCUGGGUAUUGCAAAGGAGGCCAAAAUGAUGUGUGAUUGGAUGAAGAGAGAGAACAGGCUUGUUGCGUUCAGCAUGUCUGCUCCUAGUGACCUUGAGGUCCGCUUGAUCCGGAUCAGGACUUUGGAUUUUAUGAUCAGCAUAUUGCAAGAUUCUUCAUUUCCUUCCUCCAAGAUGCUUUGAUGAUGCAAUGGCACAUGUCUAGAAGAAAGGAAAUGAGGACUGGGAUCCCUGGAUUUGAAGCUUCCUUUACCUUUAAUACACUAGCCUAACUAUAUGUCGUGCAUAGUACACAAGCUUUUCUUAGCCUUUUAGAGAGACUGCCGCUAAGAGGCUUAGCACGCUAUUUAAAACACUGAUCUGGAGAGACCGAGGGAGAGAGAGGACGAGCCUUUUUUUGGCGACAAGAAGAGACCGAUGGGAGAGACGGAGAGAGAGAGAGGGACGGAAGAAUCUGGAAGGAGAAGCUAGAGUUGUAUUAUAUAUUUAUUGAGUUUUGUUGUGGUACACUCAAAUAACUGUGUGCCGUUCAUUUGAUUAGAUCGGAGGGCUAGAAUUAUCUAUUACUUCUGCGUUGUACUGUGUAAUCUCAAAAAAAAAAGAUGAAAUAAGUAAAGUUUUAGAUAUAGAGAUCUUUUUUAGAUCUAA